CCCCUUUGUCUUAAUUUCUCACUAAAUAAAUUGUUCCCAUUGCUAAGCAAAAAAGGAAAAAAAUUACUCAAACAUGGCUACUGUCCCACUGAAAGAUGAGUUAGACAUAGUGAUACCAACAAUUAGAAACUUGGAUUUUCUUGAGAUGUGGAGGCCAUUUUUCCAGCCAUAUCAUCUUAUUAUUGUACAAGAUGGUGACCCUUCAAAGACUAUUAAGGUUCCUGAUGGUUUUGAUUAUGAGCUCUAUAACCGUAAUGACAUUAACAAAAUUUUGGGUCCAAGGGCCUCUUGCAUCUCAUUCAAGGACUCUGCUUGUCGUUGCUUUGGUUACAUGGUCUCCAAGAAGAAGUACAUUUACACCAUUGAUGACGAUUGCUUCGUUGCAAAGGACCCAAGUGGGAAAGAUAUCAAUGCAUUGGAACAGCACAUAAAGAACCUUCUUUGCCCAGCAACUCCCUAUUUCUUCAACACUCUGUAUGAUCCCUUCAGAGAUGGUGCUGAUUUUGUGCGUGGAUACCCUUUCAGCCUACGUGAGGGUGUGCCAACUGCAGUCUCUCAUGGCCUCUGGCUCAACAUCCCUGAUUAUGAUGCACCUACUCAACUUGUCAAGCCUCUCGAGAGGAACACCAGGUAUGUUGAUAUGGUGUUGACAAUUCCAAAGGGUACACUCUUCCCAAUGUGUGGUAUGAAUUUGGCAUUUGACCGUGACCUUAUUGGUCCUGCUAUGUACUUUGGACUCAUGGGUGAUGGCCAGCCUAUUGGACGCUACGACGAUAUGUGGGCUGGUUGGUGCUGCAAGGUUAUAUGUGAUCACCUGGGAUUGGGAAUCAAGACUGGAUUACCCUACAUCUACCACAGCAAGGCUAGCAAUCCAUUUGUCAACUUGAAGAAAGAGUACAAUGGGAUAUUCUGGCAAGAAGAGAUCAUUCCAUUUUUCCAGCAAUUGAACCUGUCCAAAGAGUCUACUACUGUCCAGAAAUGCUAUGUGGAAAUGGCCAAGCAGGUCAAUGAAAAACUUGGAAAAAUAGAUCCUUAUUUUGUGAAGCUUGCAGAUGCUAUGGUCACUUGGAUUGAAGCUUGGGAUGAGCUCAAUCCUGCUUCUAAAGACUCUGCCAAAGCUCCCACUGAGCCAACCAAAUAAAUUAUUUCAUAGUUAUUUGUGACUUUUUAGUUUGCUUCCAGUACUUUAUAGCUUUGGGUUUUAUAUAAUUCUGUAAUCUGUUUUCCUUUACGUUUUUUUUUUUUUUUUCAACUUGGAGUUGUAGGGGUAGUCUAAAUUUGGAGUAUCCGCGGAAGAAAAACUCCUUUAAAUUCUUACAAACUGUAAUAAGCCAUAAGGUCUUCACUUUGAUGCGAAGAUCAGAUGAAAAUUUUAAUUUACUUCUCUUUCCUACAAAACCUGUUAGAAGAAGACCCCUAUUUUCCAGCAUCUUGCUUUUGAAUGUCUGAUUGACAAAUGACUAAUCUAGCAAUAACUAUUAAAAAAAAAAAAAAAAAGGUCCCUUUUUGCAUGUUUAGAAUUUACUAAUCAUAAAUCAAUAUUCCGUAAAAUAAAGUAAUUAAGAAAUCUUAAGAAUCACGAACUCUGAAAUCUGAAUACGCAAACAGAUACUUCCAGGAACACGAGAGAUUUCAAUCAUACAUCCAUUGCAAAUUUUCCCAGCCUUUGUUUCUUUAGAUACAACUUUUAGCAUUGUUUUUAGAACAUUACAGAAUGUUUACCUUAAUCGUCAAAAAUUAACAAAAGACUUGCCACGUUAACAGCUGAAACCGGUGCAAUUUUUUGUCGACAUAGAAGAGUAAACAGGCAAAAGACAUGUUACACAGUAGUUUUCUCAUAAAUGAAAACGUAAAAACAAAAUUUGAUACAGCAACUACUAAAAUAUUGAAACAAAAGUAAAAAGGACAAACAAAAAAAAUAUAAAUAACCCUACCUCCUUUAAAAAUUAAAAAGAACUGACAGAACAGAA